GCUGUUCGGGGCCAAAACAAUAGCUGUGACAUAAAAGAAUCAGAAGAAUAUGCUUCAGAAACUGCAGAGAGAGCACCCAAGCAUGGCAUUCAUCAGAUUUGUGGUGAAGAUGUCCAGCAAGACCUCAGUCCAGAGACUGAGGAAAUAAGCGAGACUGGGGCAGUUGAACUUGCAAGAGAGCGGUCCUGGGAGCCCUCCUCAGAAACCAACUGUGAGGCUCCAGCAGAAGAUAAAACCCAGGGCUGUGCAGACUGCAUUUCUGAAUUGUUGUUUUCUGGUCCUAAUGCUUUGGUACCCAUGGAUUUUCUGGGGAAUCAGGUAGCCAUCCAGAAUCUCCAGCUGCAAGUGAAAGAGACAUCAAGUGAAAAUUUGAGAUUACUUCAUGUGAUAGAGGACCGUGAGAAAAGACUUGGAAGUUUGCUAAAUAAAAUAAAAGAGUUAGAUUCAAAACUCGACUUACAGGAAGUACAACUAACAACCAAGACAGAAGCCUGCAGAGAACUGGAAAAAGUAGUUGAGAAACUUAAGAAAGAAAAUUCAGAUUUAAGUGAAAAAUUGCAAUCCUUUUCUUGUGAUAACCGGGAGUUAUACCAGAGAGUAGAAACUUUGGAAGGCCCCAAUUCACGAUUGGACACAGGCACAGAUAAAUCGUCAUAUGGAGUUAUUGAAGAUAAUAUAGCCAAGGUGAAUGGCAAUUGGAAGGAGAGAUUUCUUAAUGUGGAAAAUGAGCUGAACAGGAAAAAAUCAGAGAACGCUAGCAUUGAACACCACAUUCUCUCUGGGGAGGCUGACUUAGUACCAGUUCAAGUGGAGAAGCUAAGUUUAGAGGACAAUGAAAAUAAGCAGAACGUUAUUGUCUCUUUUGAAGAAGAACUCCGUGUGGUCACAAGGGAAAGAAACCGACUUCAUGGAGAGUUGGAUGCUGUGUCAAAACAAAACAAAGACCUGGACCGGAUGUCUGCAAUGAUGAGGGAGAAAAUACAAGAGCUGGAGUCUCAUCAAGGAGAGUGUCUCCGUCAUGUUCAGGAGGUGGAGGCCGAGGUAAAGGAGAAAACAGGGCUCCUUCAGACUCUGUCCUCCCGGGUGAGCGAGCUGUCGAAAGAUAAAGCUCAUCUCCAGGAGCAGCUGCAGAGCCUGGAAGAGGACUCACAGGCACUGUCUUUGGUAAAAUGCGAGCUGGAAAACCAGGUUGGACAACUGAGUAAGGAAAAAGAAUCACUUAUCAGGGAAGCUGAAAGCCUGCAGGCCAAGCUGAGUGAAUUGGAGCAGGAGAAGCAGAACAUCGCCAGGGCCUUGGAGUCCACUCUCUUGGAGAAAGGCGAGUUUGUGGGGAGGCUGAGCUCCACACAGGAGGAAGCGCAUCAGCUGAGAAGAAGCAUUGAGAAACUGAGAGUCCGCAUCGAGGCUGAUGAGAAGCAGCAGAUCCAGGUCACAGAGAAACUGAAAGAAAGCGAACGCGAGAAAGACUCGCUGAAGGAUAAAGUUGAGAACCUUGAAAGGGAAUUGCAGAUGGCAGAGGAAAACCAAGAGCUGGUGAUUCUUGAUGCCGAGAAUGCCAAAGCAGAGGUAGAGACCCUGAAAGUACAAAUAGAAGAGAUGGCCGGAAGCCUGAAACUUUUAGAAUUAGACCUUGUCACGGUGAGAUCUGAAAAAGAAAAUCUGACGAAGCAACUGCAGGACACACAAGGUCAAGUGUCGGAGCUAGACAUGUUGCUCUCAUCCUGUAAGAGUCUAUUGGAAGAAAAGGAGCAAGCGAAAAUACAGGUGGAAGAAGAAUCUAAAGCGGCAGUGGUGAUGCUUCAGAUGCAGUUGAGAGAACUAAAUGAGGAAGUGGCAGCCUUGUGUCACGACCAAGACGGCUGGAAGGCCGGAGGACAGAGUCGUGACCCAGCGGUGGAGGAAGUGCAUCAGCUGAGGCACAGCAUCAAGAAGCUGAAAGUCCACAUAGAAGCUGAUGAAAAGCAGCAGCUCCAUGUUUUAGAACAACUGAAGGAAAGCGAGUGCCGUGCAGAUGUGCUGAAGGGUAAAGUUGAGAACCUUGAAAGAGAACUAGAGAUAUCAGGGAAAAACCAAGAGCACGCGGUUCUCCAGGCUGAGAAUUCCAAGGUGGAGGUAGAGAACCUGAAAGCAAAAACCAGAGAGAUGGCCCAGAACCUGAGAGAUCUGGAAUUAGACCUUGUUCAUAUAAGGUCCGAGAAAGAAAGUCUGACACAAGAAUUACAAAAAGAGCAAGAGCGAGUAUCUGAACUAGGAAUACUAAAGUCUUCCUUUGAAAGUCUUGUGCAAGAAAAAGAGCAAGAACAAGUACGGAUGAAAGAAGAAUCUAAAAUCGCGGUGGAGAUGCUUCAAACACAAGUAAAAGAGCUCAGUGAGGAAGUGGCAGCUCUGUAUAGUGACCAAGAGACCUGUAAGGCCAAAGAACAGAAUCUCAGUAGUCAACUAGGUUAUCUUGAACGUGAAAAGACUCAGUUGCUAGAAGGCCUUGAUGAGGCCAAAAAUGAUUAUAUUAUCUUGCAGUCUUCUGUGAAUGGCCUCAUUCAAGAAGUACAAGAUGGCAAAGUGAAACUAGAGAGGAAGGAAGAAGAAAUCAGCAGACUGAAACAUCAAAUCCAGGACCAGGAGCA